GUGUGAGGCGCCCUGUGUGUAAGGAGUAGUUCCGGUCUCGUGAUGUGAUACGUUAGACGCGUGGAGGCUGCUCCACGUGGAUCCUUGGGUGCCACGUUAAAGAUUCCUUUGCCAUAUAGAACUGUCGAACCCUCCUCUCCUCUGGGGCUGAGGACCCUCGUCUCCCGUAUAGAAGUCCCACCGCUUCUUAUGUCCAGACUGGACUGAGGCCGACGUUUUCUGGAGAGUGGAGAGCGGGCUGCCUCCGAGUAAUCCGCACUCCGCAGAAAAGAAAACCGAGACCUGGAGAGAAGCGGAAACCAUACGACGGGGAAGAAGAAUCGCGAGUUUCACAGAGUACAGGAGAGAAAGAAAUGGAAGUCGAACCGGAGAUUCAGCCACUGUCGGAACUCGUCGCAGCUUUAGAGCACGCAACCCUAAUGGCGAAAAAGCUCCCAUCAACAACUGCCUCUUCACAAGUCUUCCAAGUCUAUUCCUCGCUCCAAAAUGCUCACCACCAUCUCACUGCCUUCCUUGGACGGUUCCAGUCGUCGCAGCCUCUCGUGGGCGAGGAUUCCAUCUCUUCAGCUGUCGGAGAAGACGAGCCGAUGCAGGUCGUGGACAACAAGCCUGAAGCAGCAGGGGAACGGAAUUCCAGUGUUAUCAUCGACAAGGUCGAAGAACAGAUGAGGGACUGCUUUCUUCAAAACAAGCGCCGCAAGCGCCCACGCUCGUUUUCGCGUGUAGCGGCGGCAGAACAGCGGAUUGCAUAUGAUAAUGAUUUGGCCAAGGAAUUUCCGGCGUUUGAUCCUAAUGCAACGCGCUUGAGAUCUUUGGAUCUCAUCUUCCAGUUCCAUGGUUGAGAAGCUCAUAUGAUCAAAACAUCAAUAUCAAUUAAUCAGGGCAACUUUUUGUUUAUGUUUUGCCCCAAUUAAGUGUGUGCGAUGCUUAACUCGGCAAAUGCCAGAAACCAUGUGAGGCUGAUUGGUCUGUUUAUCCUAAAGUGGCCCAAGUAGGAAAACCUUCCUUCUUUCUUUGAAUGGCUUUUGCCUUUGACGUGUAACAGGAGUAAACAAGAGACACAGUUACAGUUAGACAAUUAAUUUGGAAAAUAAGAGGUGUUUAUAUCAUGUUUCAAUUGCUUCACUGUAAUUGGCAAAUUACAAUGUAACAAGUAACCAGUAACAACUAACAGCCGUAAGUUGGGAGGAUUAAACCCAAGUUCAGUUA